UCACGCACACACACAAACAUACACGCGCAUUCACACACGCGCAUAGAAGCGCGCGCGCACUGAAUUAAAGGUUAAAAAGCGAGCGCGAGCUCCUGUGACAGUUUUGCGUUUCUACAGAGACGGAGGCAGACUUUUUUUUAGGUCUUUUUUUUUUUUCUGUGUAGAGGUAAACUUUACACGUUACGUUGUUUAUUAUAUAUAUAUAUAUAUUCAAGUUUGUUUGUUGAGUUUUGGGCAAACAAACCAAAACACGAGCGGGCUGCGCGCGCGGAAAAUCACGCGCAGGUGUCAACGUUUGUGGCGGUUAAUUGCUGUUAUUAAUAUUAUUAUUAAAACGUCUUAACCUCAGCGUCGUUGUUGGUUUAACUCAGGCCUCCGUAAGGUUUGGCACAACGUCCCGCGGUGUCAUCAUGGCUUUCACACUGAACCUGACUGGUCCGGCUCCCUGGGGCUUCAGAAUAUCUGGUGGGCGGGACUUCAAGAAGGCUAUUACCGUCUCCAAGGUGAACCCUGGCAGUAAAGCAGAGAAAGCCAGUCUCCAACCUGGCGACGUAAUUAUGGAAAUUAACGGAGAAAAUACCAGUGACAUGCUGAACGUAGAGGCGCAGAACAAAAUCAAGAACUCCAAGACACAACUGCAGCUGCAAGUGGAGAGGCCAGCUCCUCAGAGUCCAGGUCAGACCAACGGGAUCAAUUCCACAGAGCAAAUGGUGGGCCGUUUUAAGGAAACCCUGCAUGUGAGGGACGAGAACCAGAACUACAGAGAGUACUCUAUUUCCAGCCCAAAAUCGUUCUCUCCAGGUCCAUACUCUCCAGAACCCCCCUCCAGCCCAGAGCGAAAGGGGGGCAGGAUCACGCCCACCACCAAGAGCCCUGUGUUUUAUUCCUGGACUCCUGAAGAGAAAAUCACCAGUCACAAAGUGUCCAGACCGCUCUCACAGGAGAUUUCCACAGUGGACUUCCGCAGCAACUCCGUGUCCAGUCGAACUCCAACACCUCCUGAGCGCUACUCACCACACAGUCCGAUCGAACGAGAGCCCAUCUCCCCCCGCCGCAACAGCUCGGACUUUGCGAUGCAGCGGUUUGAUCGUGAAUCAGAGGUGUACAAGAUGAUCCAGGAGAACAAGGAGUCGCGUGCGGCUCCUCGCCAGUCCAACACCUUCAGAAUGCUGCAAGAGGUGCUGGAGGCUGAUGAGAAAGAGGCCGCGGUCAUGUUUCCGGGGAAGCUUUCACCAAACCCACCAAAACCGACGUCUUCUGUCGCCGGGGUCCAGAAACACCACACCUGUGAAAAAUGCGGCAACAACAUUGUCACCCAGGCGGUAAGGAUCACGGACGAGCGUUUCCGCCACCCCGAGUGCUACACGUGCACAGAUUGCGGCCUCAACCUGAAGAUGCGCGGCCAUUUCUGGGUGGACAACGAGCUGUUCUGCGAGAAGCACGCGCGACAGCGCUAUCAGGGGCCUGGUGCUGGUUACCGCCAUCCCAUCUCCCCUCAGCACUAAGGGCCCCUUCACACUCUCACUCGCUCACUUCAUCCGGCACAGACAACACAGCGAACUCUGAGUAACCUGCACAGAGCACACAGCUGCUUCUUGCCUUAGAGAACCUUCUACAUCUUUAGCUGUGUGCAAACCAUACUAGCUGUUGUGACUCUAAAGGGAAAUGAGGAGGUGUAUAAAGCAUAAAGUAUCCUACACAUUAAACCUUACCUGCCAGUUUUCUACACAUUGUAUUUGGCUUUUUGUUUCAUUUAAACUUCUUUCAUGUUUAGUUGGGUUUCAUGGAAAUCUAGACCCGGGAUCUGCUUCAUCACUUAUUGACAUAUUUAUCACAAGGAUUGUAUCGUGCACAUGGGACUGGUUUCCAUCGUGUGUUUGUGUGUGGAGUCGGAUUUAAUUUAGGUUAUGUUUUUCGAACGAUGCAUAAAGCGAUGUGGAAAGUAUCUUGCUGUUUAUAUACUGUAUGCAGAAACACGCACAGAAAAACACACACACUCUCCUACAAGCAUAUCCAUUUAAUCCAGGGCUGCUCACACAGUAUUGACCUGCAGCGGUUAUAGCCAAGCAUCCAGUGUAUUCACUUUAAAGGUUUUGGGCAGCCUUGAUUUAUCCUUUU